GUUUCAUUAAUGCAAAUUGUUUGAUGUAGUUAGUACUCAGGUUAUUCGACGCUCAAGAAUUCUUAUUUAGGCAGUUCAUAUCAUCCCAUACAUAGUGUUUUGAUCUAAGAUUGCAAUUCUUCCAUGUUUCCGCAGUAGCAUAUUGUUCCAUGGAGCUAGGGUCCAAAAUAGGAAUCAACAAGUGUUUCCACGACUCUACCGCCCGGCCAAUCCUGUUCCACUGAAUCCCCUCCCUUUUUCAUGGCCACAUAUCUUUACGGCUAAGGAGUGGGAAAUCUUUCUCCUGUUACACAAAUGAAAUGUUUCAUUUCAUCCGGGAAAAGCCACCUCUUUCUCCACAAACAAUGUCUUUGUCAUUUGAUCCAGGAGCCUUCCGUUAGAUAGGAACAGCUUUGCUAAAUACUGAGAACUCUCGGAUAGAGUAUUAGAAUGAAAAGACCAUUAAUUAUAUAAGGAAGAGCCCAGGGUUCUAGCCCAUUCCCAUUCCUAAAUCAAUAAUUCGUAGUGCUUUUGCCUUUCUUGCGUACUCCUGGUGAACCAGUUGCUAGCCAUAUGUUUAGGAGGCUUUUUUCUCCAGGUACUGGUACUAAGCCGCUUUGCCAUCUCUUCAUCUUCAUCUGCAAAGAAUUCUCGACGUGAAAACACAGAGACAAAGGCCUGAUCUUUGAAUAGGAAAAAGAAUGGAUCCGAAGGUCCCAAAUCAAUUGGCUUAUUCGAAAAAAGCCUUCUUCUUUGAAAGAUAUAUCUCGUGUCUGGUACUGCAUUGUUCCACUCUGCAAGAAGUCCGAAUCAGUCUCUUGCACCUCCCCCUUUUUAUGAUAAAUAUACCAGAAAUAAUUCGAAUAAAUAGCAGUCUCUGACAACUCAUCCUCUUUAAUCUGCUUGGACCCGCUCCAAUACCCAUAGGAAAAUCCCCAGUCAUAUUCAGCGUACCUGUCCCUGCAAUCAAAUAGAUUGUCCCAAGGGCCCCAUAUUCUAGGAGCCCAAGUUAUGCUAUUGAAAAUUCGUUCCUCUAGCAGUUCCGGUUUGACCAUUCCGUUCCCUUUUUCAAACUCCACUUCUUUUCAUAUAGCAUCCCUAAUCAAAGAGAGAACAAUAUCCAUUUCAAAACAUUUCUAACGGAUUCCUUGGUUCGGACC